UUCCCAGCCUUAAAUCGACAGACAGUGGGAGCACCAUGAACGUGUAGAUAAUUCGCCCAAAACCUUUAGGGAUAUGCUGUUUUAGUUUUGUAAGUAGCCAACUGUAAACAUGGUUCUCGUGGACAACGAUUUGUUUUUGACGGAGUUGACGCUACUUUUCCGCAAAUGCAGAGGAUCGGGAACUGUGUACAUAACUUUAAAGAAAUAUGAUGGAAGGACAAAACCAAAACCUCGAAAAGGAAGGCCAGAUCCAUUUGUGCCAUGUGACAACAAAUGCAUUCUAAGGGCAGCAAGUGCAAAAAAAAAAAUCAGCACAGUGGUCAGCUCCAAAGAGGUAAUAAAGUUCCAGAUGGCCUAUACUAACCUGCUGAGGGCACACUUGGAUGGCCUCAAGAAAAGGGACAGAAAAGCUAAGAGCAAAAAGGCAAAGGCCCAGUGAGUAAGUAAUAAAUUGGAGAACAACAAGGUGGACAAGACCUUUUGAAACACUUUC